AUAAUGGACCACAGGGCGCAGCUUGAGAACAAGAAAUACAGGAACUGGGUGAGAGCCGGACUUGGUAUUAAAUAUGUAAAAGACGGCUUGGAACCAUUUUGUGAUCAUCUUGUUAACCAGCAGCAUGUUGAUAUCUUAGAUAAAGUUAAACAGAAACACAAUCUAUCUGCAGUUUCAUGUGGACAAUGCGAUGUACGCACACUCCAGCCGGACCAUGUUCAAACCAAAAAUAGACAGUGUCCUCUCGGUCAAACACAUUGUAACUGUCUACAUCAUCGCGGGAAAACGUCUUGUCCUAACAACGUAUGUGGUGCUAUAUACGAUGAAAUCAUUAGGCGUCACGCAUCCACACCUCCUGCUCCAUACUGGAAAAACACAGACGCUCAACAGUGGUGUACUGAACCUUGGUCUGUUGCAAAAUGUUUCAUAAAUGCUCCAGGAUAUGAAAACAAGCUAAGAGCAACUGAGUUUGACUGUUCCGGCUUGUUGCAUCUGUUGAUUGAUAACAUAGAGUUCCAUCAACAUAUCCAGUGUAUAAUUGAUGGCAGUGAUGCUUUCUCAAGGGUACUUCAACACAGAAACGCCAUAUUUCAUUGUAACAAUAUGGAAGUAGAGGACACAGACAUUGCAAAUUAUAUAGAUGAUAUGAUAGAACUGCUGCAAGAUGAUAAAGAAAUCAAAGAUAGACAAAAACCUAAAAAUGCGGUCAAGAAACUGCUUGAGCUAAAGCAGGAAAAGUUUGUAAUAACAACUACAGAUGAAUUGGAAGUGCGUCGUAUUGCAAUGGAUGCAAUCGAGCAGAAGGAAAAGAAUCUUGAACAGAGAAAAGUUGACGCAUCGAAUGAAGCUGGAGUUAAAAUUGAUGACAGUAAAACACAGAUAAAGGAGAUAGGUUCAACUAUUAAAGAUGAACUCGCACAGAAAAGGGUAGAUAUGAAAGAUGAUUUGAGAAAGUCAGAAAUCGACUUAAAAGGAAAACUAGAGAAGAGAGAGAAAGAAAUCAAGGAAGCGGUUAGGAUGAAGGAAGUUGAAUCUACAGAGACUAUGGAUAAAAAAGAGAUGGAAAUCAAAGAUAAUUUGAGAAUGGUAGAAUUGGAAUCAAAAGGGAAACUAAAUCAAAAAGGAAAAGAAACUGAAAAGCAUUUAGAGCGUAAAGGAGAAGAUAUACUUAAUCAGCUGGAAAGAAAACAGUCAGCUCAGAUUCAGAUCGAGGCCAAGCGUAAUGAUGAUAUUACUAAGGCAACAGCAGACGAUUUAAUGAAGUCAAGUCCUCGUGACAGGGCUCUGCAGCCUAAUUACGAAAGAAUAAGAGCAGGAACACCAACACGAGGGAAGAAAAGAAAUGUAUGUAGAUGGUUUUCUAAAAAGUUGUCAUGUCUGCGCCGACAUAAGAAAGAAGAAACAGAAACAAAUGGGACAGAAUAUGAACAGCGUUCGGUUGAAGAGGAAGAUCAGCAUGUUAAGAUGAAAAAACAAGAAACAGAUGCAAGUACGGCUGUACAUGCACAGCAUUCGGCGGCGGAAGAUCAAUAUCUUCAAAAGAAAAACCGUAAGUAGAUUUCUUUUGUUAGAUGAUCUUCAUUUAAAGUAUGUAUCCAUUAAAAAUUUACAGAGGUAGACACUGAGAACAAACACCAAAAUGAAUACAAUCCGAUAAAACUGAACAUUUUCAGCAGUCGUCAACAUUCCUGAACUUUAUGGGUUGGAGC